AUUAUAAUUUUGGUCCUAUCCCUGCUACACAAGCGUCAUGUCAGCGUUACGCGAGCAAAGCGAGGGCUGAAAAGUAAGUUGAACACAGUGAACCAUUCAUCGUGUUAGUUCACCGUAUUUAGUGGUUAUAUUCACCUUAUAUUCAAGUAAUAUAAUACACUCGACGCGGUGAAUGAUUCACCGCAUCUAGACACGGUGAAUGGAUUACCAUAUUCAUCUUAUUCCACACCCUUCACUACUGUUCGCGUGGCGCUUACGUGGUGCCUGCGUGGCGUGAAUAGGGCCAAAAUUACAACUAUAAAAUUAGUGGGGCUAUUUGUAAAAAUAAUUUUUUUGAGGGGGCCAAAUGCAAAAAAAGUCUUUUUAAAGAAACAUAGGGACUAAUCUAUGCACGCACGAAAGUUCAGGGACUGAAGUGCUAAAUUUAAAAGUACAAGGACAAAAACUGUGAUUUGUGGAUAGUACGAGGACCACUCGUACAUUUUACCCGUGAUAAAACCACCCCCCACGCCGCCCCGUUCCUUUCCCGAAGCUCUCAAUACCCUCUCACCGAGUGCUAGAGUGAGAAAGGGAUAGAGAGAGAGAGAGAGAGAGAGAAAGAGAGAGAGAGAGAGGAUAUGAAGGAGACGAUACGGUGCUGCAUCGCAUGCAUACUCCCGUGCGGGGCGCUGGACGUGGUCCGCAUAGUGCACGCGAACGGGCGCGUGGAGGAGAUCAGCGGCACGGUGAGCGCCGCCGAGAUUAUGCGGGCCCACCCCAAGCACGUCCUGCGCCGCCCCCCGCCGGCCUGCCACGUGGACGGCGCAGAUUGCCCCGCCCCGCACCCUCCCUCCUCCUCCUCCUCCUCCACCGAUCAGGCGAUGAUGAUCCUCCCCCCCUCCGCCGAGCUGCAGCGCGGGAAAAUCUACUUCCUCAUGCCCGUGGCAUCGUCCUCCUCAUCGUCAUCGUCAUCGUCAUCGUCAUCGUCAGAAAAGCGCAGGAGGAGGAAAAAAGAAGCAGAGAAAAAUAACAACAAUAAUAAUAAUUAUAAUAAUAUUUAUCGUAAUUCUAAUAAUAAUAUUAAUAAUAAUAGCGGCCGCAGUAGCAACAACAGCAGUAAUAGUAGUAAUAAUAAUAGUAGUAGUACUGCAAGCAGAAACAAUGAUAAGAUGGUGGUGGUGGUGAACGAGAGGUAUCUGUCGGAGAUACUGUCGGAGAAGGCGUCGCGACGCGGCGUGUGGCGGCCGCACCUCGAGAGCAUCUCCGAGGCCGAUUUCUGAACUUGGUAUUAUUAUUAUUUUUUAAAAAACUUCCACCAUUUACUUGCUAAUUUGUUGCUGUUAUAUAUAUAUUUCCUUUUUGAUUCUAAAAGCUUUGAUCCUUAAAUUUGAUCAAGUCAUUUUACAAGGUGAAGUGGUCUCUUUGUAAAGAGAGUUACAUUUCUUUUUCUUUUCUUUUUCUUUUUUUUUUUUGUUUUCUCAAACAGUGUUUCUUUAUUUUUUGGUUUUAUUUGUUUUGGUAAAAGAUUCCCUCACCUAUAGAUAGGUAAA